UGAGAGGCUGGCGCGAGGCGAGCUCCUCCCCGAGCAGCCUCGACAGGCGCCACUCCCUGCGCUUCGGCUGGGGUCUCGGCUCAGGCGCCUGCACGCCGCGCCCCCCACAGCCAGGUCGGCGGCCGUAGCGACCCCUCGGCCCCCGGUAACUUCGCUGGGCUGGGCCGCCCCUGCCUCCGGGACCAUGCUGUGCUGGCUGCGGGGCUUCGUGCUGCCUGCGGCGGCCUGCCAGGACGCGGAGCCGAGGACGCGCUACGAGACCCUCUUUCAGACGCUGGACCGCAACGGGGACGGCGUUGUGGACAUCGGCGAGCUGCAGGAGGGCCUCAAGAACCUGGGCAUCCACCUGGGCCAGGACGCCGAGGAGAAAAUUUUUACUACUGGUGAUAUCAACAAAGAUGGGAAGCUCGAUUUUGAAGAAUUUAUGAAGUACCUUAAAGACCAUGAGAAAAAAAUGAAAUUGGCGUUUAAGAGUUUGGACAAAAAUAAUGAUGGAAAAAUUGAGGCUUCUGAAAUUGUUCAGUCCCUCCAAAUACUUGGUCUAACUAUUUCUGAACAGCAGGCAGAGUUGAUUCUUCAAAGCAUUGAUGCUGAUGGGACAAUGACAGUAGACUGGAAUGAAUGGAGGGACUAUUUCUUAUUGAAUCCUGUUACAGACAUUGAGGAGAUUGUCCGUUUCUGGAAGCAUUCUACGGGAAUUGACAUUGGAGAUAGUUUAACAAUUCCGGAUGAAUUCACAGAAGAUGAAAAGAAAUCCGGACAGUGGUGGCGGCAGCUUUUGGCUGGAGGCAUCGCGGGAGCCGUCUCUCGAACCAGUACCGCCCCUUUGGACCGCCUCAAAGUCAUGAUGCAGGUCCAUGGUUCAAAAUCAGGAAAAAUGAACAUAUAUAAUGGCUUUCGACAGAUGGUGAAAGAAGGAGGUAUCCGCUCCCUUUGGAGAGGAAAUGGUACAAAUGUCAUUAAAAUUGCUCCUGAGACAGCUGUUAAGUUCUGGGCAUAUGAACAGUACAAGAAGUUGCUUACUGAGGAAGGGCAGAAAAUAGGAACAUUUGAGAGAUUUGUUUCUGGUUCCAUGGCUGGAGCAACGGCACAGACUUUCAUUUAUCCUAUGGAGGUUUUGAAAACCAGGCUAGCUAUAGGCAAAACUGGACAAUACUCUGGAAUAUUCGAUUGUGCCAGGAAGAUUUUGAAACAUGAAGGCAUGGGAGCUUUUUACAAAGGUUAUGUUCCCAACUUAUUAGGCAUCAUACCUUACGCAGGUAUAGAUCUUGCUGUGUAUGAGCUCUUGAAGUCCUAUUGGCUAGAUAAUUUUGCUAAAGACUCUGUCAACCCCGGAGUCAUGGUUCUGCUGGGAUGUGGCGCUUUAUCCAGCACCUGUGGUCAACUGGCCAGCUACCCCUUGGCUUUGGUGAGAACGCGCAUGCAGGCUCAAGCCAUGGUAGAAGGAACGCCACAGGUGAACAUGGUGGGCCUCUUCCGACGAAUAGUUUCCAAAGAAGGAAUACCGGGACUUUACAGAGGCAUCACCCCAAACUUCAUGAAAGUGCUCCCUGCUGUAGGCAUUAGCUAUGUGGUUUAUGAAAAUAUGAAACAAACUCUAGGAGUAACCCAGAAAUGACAUGUUGAAUUUUUUUGCUUUAGCCAGAUUAUUGAAACUUUCAGCAGUCUCUGAAUAAUGACUUUUUCUCCUAGAAUUGCAACAAGUCUCUGGCAAAAGGAGUCCUACUUUUUUCAGAAAAGGGAAGAGCAGAUCAAUGAUCACUUCAGACAUUUGGGCUUAAUUUUAUAUAUACAGAAAUGUUAAAAAUCACAAAGUUGUGUUUUAUCUUUUUUCUUAUUUGUCCUUUCUACAAAUCCCUGCAUUGAAUCCUAAAUCUGAAAAAUGUAUGGCUUGAAUUAAAUUUGUAUUGUGUGGUAGGAUUAUAGACCAUUAAUCUUUAUUUUGGUUGACUCCAGUUUAUGCCAGUUCCUUUAAAGUUAUGUGUCUUAAAAACAGAAUGACUAGAAAAUAGAAAACCUUGAAACUCAAAUUGCUUUAUGUAUUUGAAUGUCUUCAUAGACUUAUUAAAAUUUUCUUGUAGAACCAGUAAUAAAAAAAUCAUUGCAUGAAAGUAUACUUCACAGCAGCCAAAUAACUAAUAAGAUGUACGUCCUUACCUUUCUUUAAGCCAAAUAAGAACAUACGUGGUAGAGGUUUAAGGCAUGUGAACACCCGAGCCCAUUCAUACUGCUUUUGUGUGAGGAGGAGUGAUAAAAUGGUAUUUAUUUCAGUGGGUCUGUCUCCACAAUCACUGUGCUGUGGCUUGGUUCCUGGGCUGACACACUCAUGGUCAGUCUGUUACUCUUAUGUUAUCAACACAAAGCCCCUUAUUCUGUUAUUGCUUUGAAAAAUAUCAGGAAACAAAACCCUUUUACUUCUAUCAGUGUCUGAAGAGCAUCUCUCUUUUCUUUGUCCUUUUUUCCUACUUGAAUCAGAUUCUGUUUUAAUCACCAAGUCUUCCAAGGACCCUUCUUGGUUAUCUGAAAUUUCUUGAUUACCUGAGUGGGUUGAUCACAGGUGAGUGACAUUCUCAUUUCCCCCUCACUAUCGAGUUUUUUGAACCUGCAAUUUUCAAUUUGGGCAUGCAAACCUAGGACAAUAGUACAUAUUAAUAGUAGCCUAUAGUAAUCAUAUAUGUUAGGUACCUAUGUUUAAUGAAAGGCCCAAUUUAUAAACAUGUACAUUUAUACUCUCUCUUACCCCAAGUUUUAGGAACAUAUUAUGAUAGAUGCAACUUAAUUUAUACUAUCAAUACCAUGUUUUUAUUUUACUAAAAUCAUCUUUUUAGUCAACUGUCUUUUCUGAUUUGUGUGACUAGGACUUAGAAAAACAUUUAUUAGCUGAAAUUAUUCUUAUUAGUUCCUAAACUUGUUUGAUUUCUAGUAAUUUCUGUUUUAAAUUACCAACAUUUUAAUGACAAUCUAGUGACAUAAUAGGCAUUUAUUCUGUUUGAACCUACCUCUUAUGUUUUCUGAACCAAAGAGAAAUGUUGGAUUUGGAUUUGUGAAGCAUAUUCUAAAAUGUAGUUUUUAUUGUAUUAGCUAUGCCUGAUAAAUGUCUCACUAUUUUUAUAAUACAAAUGAUAAGCAUGGGACUCUAUUUUCAGGGCUGUUUGUACUUUUGAGUAAUACAUAAGUGACAAGGUGUAUGAUUUUUUUACUCAAAAAAUGGCAUGAAUAACUGAAAUUUCAAGCUACUGAAAAAUAGUCAUUGUUCAUUAUGAAGUAAAAUUGUUUGCUACUUAACAUUUGUAAGGUAUGAGUGUGAUUUAUCUGUGCAUCUUUUAUGUUGAAAAAAAUGAUCUUGUAUCUUUUGAAAAGAGCCUGGAGUUGAAGAUAGCUUUAUUUCUGGCAUUUUUGCAUUUACAUGCCCUUUAUAUUAAAAAAAUACAUAAUAUGUUUGUUUUUAAAA